ACAAAAACUAUGAAACUCUAGAAAAAUUAAAAAAAAAAAGAAGUAUUUCAAACAAAUUAUUGUGGAGUUCAAAUUAUGUGUCAAUUCAAAAACGUAUUUUACUACCGUGAAAAAUAAUUCAGAUUAAAAAUAAAUAAUAAUACCACCACCAAAUCGGGAAUUAUUAAUAUUUAUUGAACUACUAUGUUCCUACUAACACUUUCACGUGUAAAAAUUGUUUUCGGAAUAAUUAUAGUCUGCUUACUGGUGCAGAGUUUUUAUUAUCACGACUACUACAAUCUGAUGACUACUAGACAACAAUGUGUCCCAUCAACUAAAUUUGAGCCAAAACCUGAGCUAGAACCUCGCGCCGAUUUUUCCAAUAGUAUAACUAUGGUCAAUAAUAAAAUUCAAACCAAUGCAUUGAAAAACAAUUACGUUAAUCUCUUAAAUCUUGCGUUGUGUCCAAAAAUACUACCCGUCUUAAAUGAAACAUUCCGUUUGCUUGUACCCACUAAGGAGAAAUUGGAAGACGUAGCAUUACAGUUAUCACAGUUAAGGAUUUUAGAAGGAGGUCACCAAAUGCCUUUGGACUGCGAAGCGAGACAUAAAAUUGCAAUCUUAGUGCCUUAUAAAAACCGAUUUUCAAACCUCUGCUCUCUCCUAUUAAAUUUACAUCCAUUUUUAACAAAACAAAAACUAGACUACACUAUUUUUGUCAUAGAACAGUUCAACGAUGGUCCUUUUAACCGGGGCAAGUUACUAAACAUUGGGUAUACCGAAGCAUUAAAGUUUAACAAUUAUGAAUGUUUCUAUUUCCACGACGUAGAUCUCAUACCAAUGAAUAACAGUAAUUUUUAUGAUUGUUCGGACCGACCAAAACAUAUGGCAGUAGCUAUUGAUAAAAAAAAAAGCAGAAUGCCGUACAGUGAUUACUUUGGUGGAGUGACGAGCAUGAAUCGAACGCAUUUUAAGCUAAUCAAUGGAUUCAGUAACAUAUUCUGGGGAUGGGGUGCCGAAGAUGAUGAUUUGUUUAAUCGGGUCAAAGCUCACAAACUAAAUUACACCAGAUGCCCACAUGACUUUGGACAUUAUCAUUCGUUGUCACACGAUAUACAAGAAAAGAACAAAGAAAGACAAAAAUACCUUGAACUCGGGUAUUUACGUUACAAUACGGAUGGACUUAACAGCCUCAAUUACCAGGUAAAAGCACUGAAAAAAUUACCACUAUUCACAUACAUCUUGGCGGACCUGGCCGAGAAGCACAGAUGAUAAAAGGUAAUGAAAUGGUACUGGUCAAAAUUCCACUUAAAAAAGCCUCUCUCUUUCUCUUCUCACACUCUCGUUCCUUCUCUUCCUCACACUCUCACUCUCCUUUUAUUCAUCGCGUUCUCUCUCUCUAUGCCUCUCGAUUAAUAACAUAACAUAUUUAAAAAAAAAAAAAUAAUGUAUGAUACAAAAUAUGCAUAGAUUAACAGUACUAUAUAAUAUUGUGUUAUAUGCAUUUUUUUCUAUUCACAAUUUAUUUGUGACGUGGUACUUAACCAAAACAUUUUGUAUAGAAACUAAAACUAAAUUUAUAAAAUGUUGUCUGGUAACAUCAGACGAAUAAAGAUACACAAAAAUCAGACGUUAUUAUUGUAAUAAUCAUUCCUCGAUUCGCGGAUAAUCCACCCUCGACCGGCGUCGAUGGACAUAGCAUUAUAGUACAAACAUUACUUAAUGUAAUAAUACUAUGUAUACAGGUACAACAAUGUAUUAAACACUUAUACGUAAUAAUAUUAUUAUAGCAUAUGUCCGGUACAUUGUAUUAUUUAUAAUAAGUAUAACGUAUAGAUAUUACCUAUAAUUCAAAAAAACUGUUCCGCCGCCCGCCGGACAGACUGUGACCACAGCCAAACGGACGUUUGAAUAAAAUAUAAUAUUAAUACUGGGUAUUAAAUAUUUUCUAAAACUUUUCAUUCCUUGUCAUUUUUAAUCUUGUAUAUGUUAUACACUUUACCACAUAGAGUGUACAAGAUUGCUAUUUACGUGUUAAAUACGUGUAUUAUAAUGAAUUUUAUUUGUUAAAUUUUCAUGAAAU